AUGUCUUCAUCAAAAUUCAAAAUCUCUAACAAAAUUAAAAAAAGGGGAAGUUAUAAACCUCGAGUUAAAGCAAAGCUAAACUCACAUCUUCUUCUAACAGAAGAUAACAAAGUUAUACUUAAUGAUUUACUAGAAAAGAGCGUGCCUGGGGUAAUUGAAAAGGAAUGGGAUUUAUCUAAUAAAGAUCAAGUUAUAGAUCGUAACCAAUUCCUUCAGGAAAAUAAUCUUGAUAUUAACCCUGAAGAUAUACGAUGUAAAUGGUCUAUCCGAUACUCGAGUAAAACAUUAAUUGUAAAACAAUGCAUAUGUGGAAGUUAUCAUGAAAAAGUAGUUGCACCUGGUUCUCGAGUUUCAACAGCUCGCUAUCCCUAUGUAGGGUGUCUUGCAUUUGUUACAAUUUCUCUUCGCAAUAAUAAAAUUUGUAGCAUUGCAGGGUAUCUGGAACAUUCUAAUCAAUGUAUAAUUUCUCAGCCGCAGAAUGACCCUCAGUAUAAGCUCCUACCAUAUAUAAAGAAAAGUAUAGAAAAUUUAUUGAGCCUUAAUGUAAGAACUUCAGAUAUUCUUGCUCAAAAUGCAAGAAUCAUGAAAAAUGUCUUUAAAAAUC